AUGCUCCCCCUCCUCCUCACCCUCGGUGUCCAAGCCUGGGACGUCGCCUACUUCCCGACAGCACACAAAAUCGGACACACAUACACCGGCUCCGGAGCCCAGCACUGUCGCUCCGUCUCCUUUCCCAAGGGCGGAUACAUCAUGGCGCGCAAAAUGACCGAAUAUGAAGACGUUAUUGCAUUCGACGAUGAUAUGUGUACGGGCAAGAUUGUGCCGUUGAAUUCGGUUUAUAAUGAUAAGCCGUUGCCGGUUGAGGUGAAGAGUUUUGUUGUUGUUGAUCUGAGGAAGAUGGAUCGGGUGGCGAGUGAUGAACAAAUGAAGUAG